AUGGAAUCUUUAUCCCUGAAGAAAGAAAGUGUCGGAAGGCAGAGGUUAUCCUGGCAUUAUGCUCCUUCUUUCCUUCUCCUUUGGCUGUCUCUUUUCUUUGCCAUUGUGAUCCCCUUGUACAACCGGCUUCCAGAUAAGAUUAACGCCUCUGAAGAAUCUGUUAAGCCAGGAGAAUUUGUGGCAGAAAGAGCAAUGAGCCAACUCUAUGUGUACGAUAGAAUCGGACCCAAAGUUACAGGCAGUUAUGCGAACGAGGUGAAAACAGUUGCUUUUCUUCUGAAUGAAGUGGAAAAGAUUAAAGAGCAAAUGCUUAGUGAUCUGUACGAGAUCGAGGUGGAUGUUCAGACGCCUUCGGGUGGCUUUUCAUUUGGGAGCAUGGUGAGCAUGUAUCAGGGAAUUCAAAAUAUAGUCGUCAAGCUGAACGCCAAGCAAUCCCAGAGUGAAAAUUACCUCCUGAUCAACAGUCACUUUGACUCGAAGCCAGGAAGUCCAAGUUCUGGCGAUGAUGGCACCAUGGUUGUGGUAAUGCUGGAGGUUCUUCGCCAAAUGGUUAUAUCGAAGACGCCUUUUGAACAUCCAAUAAUCUUCCUGUUCAAUGGAGCUGAGGAGCUUGGACUCCAGGGUUCUCACGGCUUUAUAACGCAGCACAAGUGGGCAGCGAACUGCAAGAUGGUUAUAAACCUAGAGGUGGCCGGCAGUGGAGGUCGUGAUAUCUUGUUUCAGACUGGCCCCAAUAAGCCUUGGCUCGUGAAGUAUUACCAACACUAUGCUAAGCAUCCAUUUGCCACAACAAUAGCCGAGGAGAUCUUUCAGGGAGGACUUUUGCCAUCGGACACGGAUUUUCGAAUCUUUCGGGACUUUGGGAAUGUGCCUGGUUUAGAUAUGGCCCAGAUCAACAACGGCUACGUUUACCAUACAGUCUUUGAUGCUUUUAAGGUUAUUCCAGGACGAUCUGUUCAGAAUACAGGAAAUAAUGUUCUCGCCCUAGUGAGAGCCUUCUCAAAUGCCAGUGAAUUGUACGAGACGGAGAAUGACGAUGAUGGACAUACUGUUUUCUUUGACUUUCUUGGCCUUUUCUUUGUAUAUUACACAGAGACCACUGGGAUUAUUAUGAACUACUGCUUUGCAGUGAUCAGUUUGGUUCUGGUGGGAUGUUCUCUCUGGAGAAUGGCUCGUCAGUCGGAGAAGGUGUCGCUACCCCAGAUAUCCUUGUGGUUUCUCAUUAUUCUAGGACUGCAUGUAGUAGGAGUUCUUCUGUGCUUUGGCCUGCCUCUACUGAUGGCAGUGCUCUUUGAUGCAGGAGAUCGAUCGAUGACCUACUUCACCAGCAACUGGCUGGUGUUUGGCUAUUACAUAUGCCCCUCAGUCAUUGGUCUUGUACUGCCUUUGACCCUGUACUACACCCUAAAGCCAAAUAACAAACUAAGUCAUGGAUACCAUCUCCAGAUGAGCCUGCACUCCCAUUUGGUGGUCCAGGCCCUGCUCGCAAUUAUUUUUACUGCCAUGGGAAUGCGUUUCCAGUACCUCUGUCUAAUUUCUAUGAUCUUUUAUGGAGGUGCUCUACUGAUUAACCUAGUGAGCACUUUGCAAGAUCGUGGCAACUAUUGGGCUGUAAUUGUGAUAUGCCUUCAGGUGCUCCCCUUUUGCUACUUCUGUUAUGUAAUCUAUAUGCUUCUCGUGGUAUUGAUUCCUAUUACUGGAAGAUAUGGUAUGGGCACAAACCCUGAUCUGAUGAUAGCUCUGAUUUGUGGCAUCUGCACCUUCUUUGCUUUGGGAUUUAUUGCUCAAUUCAUCAAUAUUUUCCGCUGGCCGAAGCUUAUACUCCUUGGCUUGGGAGUCGUAACCUUUAUUUUCUGUAUGAUUGCUGUCUCGGAGGUGGGUUUUCCCUAUAGACCCCAGACCAAUGUGAUGCGAGUCAAUCUUGUGCACACUCAACGACUCUUUUACGAGUUCGAUGGCUCUUUGAGCCACAGUGAUUCUGGUUACUACUUCACAUAUAUGGACAGGCGGGGACUUAAUCCGCUCAAGGACUCCCAGCUCAACCUGACGGGACUGGUGCCCAUAGAACCAGACUGCGACAAGUAUGUGAUGUGUGGUGCUCCCUGCCUAUACUCUUGUGGCAGUCGGAAAAGUGCCCGUUGGCUGCCUCGCGACUCGGAUGUUGUUACACCUGGGAAUAUUAUACUAAGAUUAUUGGAAAGAACUACAAAUCAACCCCAGAACACUGUCAGAUAUGAGUUUGAGGUAUCUGGUCCGCCUCACAUGAAUAUCUUCGUUCAGCCAGUGGGUGAUUCUAAGGUCACAGACUGGUCUUUUGUGGGAAAUGCCCCUGAAAAAGCUCAGCCGCCCUACUACGUAUUCUUUAACUAUGGAAUAGAUGACACUCCUUUGAAGUUCUCUAUUGAAUUAACAAAGUCCGAUGGUGAUUUUAGUAAGCCCCUCUUGGAGCUCGCCGUUGUGGGACACUUCAUCAGCCACGAUUAUGACAGGGAUGCAGAGGCUCUAAAGUUCCUUGGGGACUUCCCCGACUAUGUAUUUGUGGUGGAAUGGCCUUCUAUACUCAAGCGAUAUAUUUUAUAA